GCAGACAAACGCGCGAACACAGCGACGGCCCAUAUCUGCACGUCAAUGUCUGUAAUGUCUGUGAGUGAGUGAGUGAGUGAGUGCAUCUAUUGACGCAAAAGUGGCCGUCAGUCUCGCAUGGCCGACACACAGUGACUGACUAUUCUACAGUACCUACCAUCACGAAGGACCUUCUUGUCCGUCACAGUCAGGGAAUCGGAAGAUUUUCAACGGAAAAAGGACACACGUCUCCCCAACUCAAGCCCUUCCCCAACGGCUUCCCAUCUUUUGGCGCCCUCUGGCACCAGUUGACUUCAUCAUCGGGCGCGAAGUUCCGCACAGCCCAACAGAGGUAGGAACAGAUAUGGGCUGGCCAUAUCUGCAGCGGCCCGAUGUCUUCGGGUUCUCCCAACUCCUCGUCCAUGAUUAUGACUCUGCGAGGCCAAUCGACGUACACGUUGAGCUCCCCUUUAGCUAUGGGAUGGUCCGCCUGACAGGCUGGGCCUUUUAUUGCACAGCCCGUCUCGGGGACCGCAUCGAACUCGUAAGCCAGAUACCUCGGAUUGACAAAAGACUGAAGGAAGACCGAGAAGGCUGCAUCGAAGGCCCGCAGCGGGCCGAAGGCAACCACGUCCACGCGCUUGUCAGGGUAGGCGACAGCCAAGGCGACAGCGAUGAAGGCGGCCACAGGGCCGCCAAGCGAGAAUCCAGAUAGAAUGAUCCGCUCGACGUCCCUCUUGUUUUUCUCCACUAGAUCCUUCACUAGAGGAUAGACGGCUUCAAAUAUGGCCGCGUGGGUCUGUCGGAUGCCCGGGCGAUCGGAGUCGUCUACUCCAGGGGCAGUGGUUUCCUCGUCGAUUUCCUUGAGGAGCUCAACAAAGUCGAUCUGCACACCACAACACCAGACACACCACAGCGCGUGGAUGGAGGAGCCAGCUGGACCUUACUUGCUCCUCGAAAGUCGCCAGCCGAAGCUCCGUUAAGGUGAUGAACCCACGAGCAAGGAUAAGAAGCUCCUUCUUGUCAUUUCUCCUAAGCACAUGGAUGAAGGGGGUGUCUCGCAGACCGCCAGACUCCAGCUCAGCUGCCAAAUGAGCAACAAUCGGCCCACAAGCAUGACACCUCGGUGCACCACUUAGAUGGAGUACACAUGUCCUUACAUGUUUGCGUGAGGUUGAUGACCUGAAGCUCUUCCCAUCCCGGCAGGGGCAGCCCAGGUAGAAGCUCGUCAGGGGCAAUGCACGGAGCAAGGAGCAGGUUGCUGAGCAGACGAUAAAGGAUGUAGUAGGUGAGACCCUCGUCAUCCACGACGUCGGCAGGUAUGAUGCUCCGCGCCUCCCCAGUCAGGUCCUUCAGAAACAGCUCGGCAACGUCGACUGACUCGUCGAGCACAGGCUCACGUGGCGCAGUGACUCCUGGAAGAGACUGGAACCCCUUGCACGCUGCGGACGGGAGACAUUAAGAAGGAGGACUGACUCAUCAGGCAGACGGACAAGUAUCUGUGUGGCGCUGCCUACUUUCUGCGAUGAAGUUGGAAGCGCAUCCGAAUGCUUGUACGUAGCAGAAGCGGGAUUUGCAGACCUUGUGGGGAUGCCCGAGGAACAUGGUGGCCUGCUCAGCGUAGCACCCCUCACACACCGUCUGUACCAGCUCCGGCGUCGAGAGUACCGCCUCCACCUUCUCAUCCACCCCGUCGCUCAGACCAGCGUGGGCAGCCAACAGGUUCGUCGGAAACUCGUUGACCACGAGAUCUGCGCACGUGGCCGCUCCGAUUGGACCAAGAGGGCCGAGGCAGGUGAAGAGGCCUCCCUUCGCCUUGCAAUCGAGUGCGGGGGUCGGAAACGGUUUUGGGAGCGGCAGCGGGACGGAUUCUGAGUCAGUCUGACCCGAAGCGAUGCGACGACACCAAGCGAAGCACAGGAAAACCAGCAAAGAAAGCGUCCUCAUUUUGUACGCUGUAAGCGAGCUUGCCGUUACUGGCCAUGAGAUCCAGGAUGUAACCAUCCCGAAUGGUUGGUUGGACACACUCCAAUCUAUCCACCGCUCACCAUGCAGCCGAGAUCUGAUGGCGC